AUUAAUCAUAAUAUUGUUCAAUAGUCAAAACCUUUGUUUUGAUUCGAACCCCACUUUUUACCUAGAGCUAGAAUGCAUUCCUUCUCUUCAGACUGAAUCUGCCCAGUUAGGGUUUCCAGAAACUCACACCCCCCCCGAGUCAAUCACAUUUGUCUCGCAAAAUUCCCAGCGCCAGCGUUUCUGCGAGAAAAUCUCGCCUACAAUCGUUCAACCCUUUCACCGUUAGUAUUUGUUUCCCAAUCUUUUCCAGUUUUAUCUUUCGAUUCCCUUUUCGAAACCUUACAUCAUUUUCAAAGAUCCAAUUUUUGUAUUAUUGGAAAAGUUGAUGCAUUCUUUGACUUUGGCUGGCGGAGCUAAUUGCGAAAGCCCUUGAGAAUACUAGGUACCUAACAUAGAAUUGAAGGAUGACAAAUGAUUCGCGUAUUCCCAGGGGGUCGUGGUAGCAGAAUAAGUCUUUACCAAUUAAAUGUUAGAUCUACGACUAUGGAUGUAGAUCUUGGUAUCACAAAUCAAGAUCUAUAGUUUCUGGAUAAUUUGAAGUCCAGUGAUGCACGGUCAGCUUAAGAGUGAAGGGAACUUGGACCAAGUGAGAUUUCAGUGCUGACUGUGCAUUCGAAGGAUAAGCUCACGGACGAGCGAGAAGAGAACAUUAUUUAUUUUCCUUUUUUCUUUUUAUUUCUUUCAGGGGUUUCGUUUUAAUUUGUUUUCUCUGAUUUUUGUUUCGGAAGAUCUUUUUUUCUUUCCUCUGUUUUGAGGGUAAUUGGUUAAUUAGAAUUUGGCGGGAGCUCCAUCUUUGUAACAUUUGAGUUUUCUGCCAUUUAGUAAUGGGAAAGAAAGUAUGGUGGAAUGAAGAAGAGAAGGUUGUUGUGGAAAGUGUGUUGGGCAGUGAAGCAACUGAAUAUUUUGACUGGGCCGCUUCAAAUAAUGUGUUGUCUGAGUUCUCUGCUUCUAGUGGGGAUCUUGGAGUACAGGAGGCACUGUGCAAGAUUGUUGAAGGAUCUGAUUUGACAUAUGCCAUAUAUUGGCAUGUUUCGAAAUCAAAAUCUGGUAGAUCAGCAUUGAUAUGGGGUGAUGGGCAUUAUCAAGAAUCUAAAGAAAGUGUGCAUGAUAGUUGUGGCAGUUACAAUGAUCAGAAGCGGGUGGAAGGAGAUAGAAGAAAAUGGGUGCUUCAAAAGCUUCACGCUUGUUUUGGGGGAUUAGAAGAUGAUAAUGUUGCUGCAAAGUUGGAUCAAGUUUCAAAUGUGGAGAUGUUAUAUCUCACAUCGAUGUUUUUUGUGUUCCCUUUCGACAAGCCUUCUAUUCCUUCCCAGUCAUUCAAUUCUGAUAGAUGUAUCUGGGUAUCGAAUUUGGACAGUUGUCUUGAGCGGUAUCACUCUAGAGCAUAUUUAGCCAAGUUAGCACAGUUUGAGACAGUGGCAUUUGUUCCAACAAAAUCAGGGGUAGUUGAAAUUGGGUCGAGAAAGUCUAUACCUGAAAACAAGAGCAUCAUUAAGGCAGCCAAGUCUAUAGUGGUGGCCUUCAACUCAACACAGGUAAAAGCUGUCCCAAAAAUUUUUGGGCAAGAUCUUAGUAUGGGGGGUUCACGAUCAGGUACUAUAAAUAUUAGCUUUUCGCCAAAAGUGGAAGAUGAUUCUGGGUUUUCUGCAGAGUCUUAUGAUUUACAAGCAAUAAGUAGUAACCAUGGUUAUGCAAAUUCAUCAAAUGGGCAUUGUGGUGAUGAUGGUGAUACUAAAGUAUUUUCACACCAUGUAGUAGCUGCAGGACUGGACUCACAAUCAAUUAUUUCUGGGAUGGAGCUAGGUAAAGAGGACUGCUUUUUUCUUUCAGACGAUCAAAGGCCUAGAAAAAGGGGGCGGAAGCCUGCAAAUGGGAGGGAAGAGCCGUUGAAUCAUGUGGAGGCAGAGAGACAGAGGCGAGAAAAACUUAACCAGCGUUUUUAUGCGUUAAGAGCUGUAGUUCCUAAUAUCUCAAAGAUGGACAAAGCAUCUCUUCUUGGUGAUUCAAUUGCUUAUAUCACAGAUCUUCAGGCAAAGAUCAGGGUUUUGGAAGCAGAGAAAGGGAUAGGGAAUACUAAUCAACAACUGAAUCCUAUUCCAGAUUUUGAGUUUCAUGAAAGGCUUGAAGAUGCUGUUCUACGUGUAAGUUACACUCUGGAGACUCACCCUGUAUCCAAAGUUGUAAAGGCGUUGAGAGAGCAGCAAGUGAUGGCACAAGAAUCUUCUAUCUCUAUAGAUGACAGUGGUGAAGUUGUUCAUACAUUCUCCAUUCAAACAGGGAGCGGUGACGCAGAACAAUUGAAAGAUAAGUUAACUGCUGCUCUCUUGUAAUGAUCUGACUGCUGCUCUAGCAAAAUGAUCCAGCUGUAAGGCUCCUCACAAAUAUUGACUCUUAGAUAGAUAAAAUCUAAUAUAGAGUUUAUUGAAUUUGACUGCAAUUUCCCUCACUAUUGAUAAGCCUUUAUGGGGAAAUUAUAGUUAGUUGUUAAUUGUUAUCCAGCUAUGUUGUAUACUCUUACUAUUUGGCUUAGUGCUGUUAUAUAUACUCUUGCGACCAGAA